GGCCCCGGCCGACCCGCGUCCUGUCCCCGCAGGAGCCUCGGCGCCGGCUGCCCCGCGGAGGGGACGCCCCGGGCAGCUCCUGUCGAUUCAGGUAUUUCUUGCUAGAUAAGCAACAUAAUGGAAGGCUCAACAAAAGCAAAUAAAAAGGAUGUUCAAACUGAACCACCAAAAGAAGUCAAAAUGCCUAUCAGCGAAGCACUUCUAGACUAUCACCGUCAGAUAAAGGAAAAUGCAGUAGAACGCUUCAUGGUCCAAAUGAGGAAACUUAGGGAAAAGAAUCAAAAGUUUCAUGAAAGAAAUAAACGCUUAAAGGAUGAGCAGAUUUGGCACAUACGGAACCUAUUAAAGGAACUCAGUGAAGAAGAGAAGUCGGUGGUAUUGCCAGCCAUAACAAGAGAGGAAGUUGAAGAAGCAAUGAAGGAAAAAUGGAAAUUUGAGAGAGACAAGGAACAAAACUUGAAAGAUAUGCGCACGCAGAUAAUUAAUAGUGAAAAGCUAUUUCUUGAGAAACUUGGUGAGAAGGAAUAUUGGGAAGCGUACAAGAAUGUAGGGAGUGAACAGCAUGCCAAAAUCAUUACCGCCUUACAAAAUGACAUCAGCACAGUUAAAGAGAACGCGGAGAAAAUGUCAGAACAGUAUAAAAUCACUCUCCAUGAUGCUAGAAAGAAAAUAAUCAAAGAAACUUUGCUGCAACUGGACCAAAAGAAGGAAUGGGCCACGCAGAAAGCUUUGAGGUUAAUUGACAAAGGCAGCUAUCGGGAGAUCUGGGAGAAUGACUGGCUGAAGAAAGAGAUUGAAAUUCACAGGAAGGAAGUUGAAGAUAUGGAACAUGUUAUUCAUGAACUGGAAGAAGAAAAUUUGAUGCUUAUUGAUCAACUAUUCAACUGUAGACUUGUGGAUCUCAAAAUACCCAGGAGACUAUAUCUUACCCAAGCUGCUGGACAGGAAGUGCCACCUCAACAAAUGCCAUUGCAGUCACCAGGAACAUAUUUAGAUGUAAAAAGUAAAGACACGGUGAGUUCAUUGGCGGAGAGCACUAUCCCGCACUUUGGUGAGGAGACCAUCACAGAUGAACCGCAUGAGGGGAAUGACAAAGGAGAGAGCAUGUGCACAGAGUCUGGGAUCUCUAGAAUGGAAAACCUACUCUAUGAGGAUGAGCAGGAUUUCAAGGAUUAUGUCAACCUCGGCCCCCUGGCAGUGAAGCUCAUGAGUGUGGAAGGCAAGAAAAUGUCCAUUCAUUUUCAAGAGGCGGAAAGUCCACUCAAAUUCUAUGAAGAUGUCAGGAGCCCAGAGAAUCGUAUUACAUAUAAAAUAGUGAAGUCUUUUCUCUAAGACUGAAAGCUGUAAAGCACAACAACUUUAACUUGGAAACUGACAGUUGCCCAUUUUAUUUGUACUUUCAUGUCUUUUUAAGCCAGUUGUUAUUUCUAAAGGUCAUAAUUACAUCUAAAAUCAAGUUCCAAGUAUUUAGCUAUUUAUUUAAAAUGCAUGGCAUGAGUAACAAAAAUGAAAGUACACUUUAUUUUUCCAUAUUCAAGUAUUCAGAAGCAUAACAGUGAACUCCGAUGGUCUCAGAGCUUCCUUACCACGUAAAAUAUUUCACUGAUUCAUCUAUAACUCCAAUAUGGUCUAGUUUAAUUAGAAAUAUUUCUAAGAAAAUUUCAAAAGUUCGCAAGACUAUAGAUCUUUCCCUCUGAGGAUGUUGAGUCAUAGUCUAUAAUUCAAGUCUUCUCCUCUCUAACCUAACACAAUUUAUAAUGAAUACCAAAUACUGUUGAAAC